GUCCAUCCAGAUCUGUUUAUUUGUGGUAGAUGGAGUAAACGCAACAACUCUGUUAUAAUAUUAGUCGUUCAAAAAAUUAAAACAAAAAUAUAUGUUGUAUGAUUAGUUUUGUGUGGAAAUGCUUCAGAUCAGGUAACAGAUAAGAUGAAGAAUAAUUUAUGUUUAGAACCACCGACUCGGCCUUUUUCCGGUGAGUCCAGAUACCUUACCUCUCUUUGGGUUUCUGAAAGCGGAGGAGAAUCCCGAGAGAAACAACAACAAGCAGCCUCUCCAUCUGUUGACUCUCCUCUUUCCUCGAUCUCCAGGUCGGGGCGGACAGCUGAAAAUGGCGUCCUACAUAAUCAGAAAAUAGUGGGCACGAUUAAAUCGGCACUAAAACAUUUAUCUUUCCGCGAGCAACGUGUUCUUGUUCAGUUUUGGUCGCCUCAUGUCAUUCCCAUUCGGAAGCACCUAAUAUUACUUACAACCAUAGAUCAACCUUUUGGUCUUGGGGUAAAAGAUGACCAAGGACUUAUUUCGUAUAGGAAGCACUCAGAGCGCAAGCCUUUUCUUGUGGAUAAAAAUCAUCAUGAAGAAGACCGCAGUCCUCCUGCUCGGGUGUUUAGGCGAGAAUUGCCAGAGUGGACUUCUGAUAUACUAACUGAUUACAACCCCGAACAAUUUCCACUACAUGAUCAUGCUAUUAGUUGUAAUCUCCAUGGGUAUCUGGCUUUACCUGUCUUUGAUUCUACCACAAGGUUGUGUGUUGGUGUCCUUGAACUCUUGAUGUCUUCGAAGUAUACGAGUUUUGCCUACGAGGUUCAACAAUUCCACAUGGCGCUCAAGAACUCGGAUCUAAGAACUCCCCAAGCAUUUGAUUGUCCUACUUUCAAUGUUCACAAUGAACACAAACAAAUUGAGUCCAAAAAGGUUUUCAGCAUUUUAGAAGAUGUGUGCCGCCUUCAACGAUUACCUCUUGCUCAGACAUGGAUUGUGUCCCCACCGAAUACUUUUGUUUCCCAUAAGAAAAUACUAAUGAAGAGCUGUAAUAGUUUUGACACUACAUGUUUUGGGGAAGUCUGUAUGUCAAACGCUGCUCUACCAUUUUAUAUUCAAGACAUGGGCAUGUGGCCUUUUCGGAAAGCAUGUAGAGAACGGCACUUGGACAAGUCACAAGGGGUUGUCGGAAGAGCUCUAUCAUCCAGGGGCACAUCAUUUUGUGGAGAUGUAACGAAACUUAGUGCAGAAGAGUACCCGCUAGUACAUAAUGCACGCAUAAGUGGGUUAACGGGCUGCUUUGCAAUAUUUUUACAUAGUGUUGAAAGCAAUAACAACUAUGUGUUAGAGUUUUUCCUCGAAUUAGGCAUGCAUGAUCAUACAUGCCUAUCAAACAUGCUGCAAACAUUGAAACACAAAAUCGAGGUAGCUUCUAUUUUUGUACUUGGUGACACAUCAUCUAUACAAGUCAUUGGACCAGCUAUGGAAGUCAGUGAUCAAUCUUUAAAUAUUGACCCUCAUGAUAACUCAAUAUUCUCAACGGCAACAACAAACACCAAGAUAUUUGAGAUGGUUUCAUCAGAUUCAGAGUCAAUCGUGGCAGAUGUUGCAAAUACCAAUGUUGUUAAUGUCCCCAACCAAUUGACAACCAUACAAAAUCAGCCCAAUAAAUUUGGCAUUACUAGUACCAACACCGAGAAUUUGGUUGGAAAUGAGAUUAUAAAAGACAAAGUUGAUGUAGUCAAGCCUGGAGAGGGCAUGCAGAAGACGAACAAUACCAUUACUCAUGCAGGGGGGAAAAGCAACCGUUUAAAACAAGGCAGAAAACGUAAAAUGGACACACUCACGAUGGAAGCAGUAAAGCAACACCAUGGAGAAACAAUUGGUCAAGCAGCCAAGAGCCUUAAAGUUAGCCGGUCUACAUUAAAGCGCUUUUGUCGAACGCAUAAUAUGCCCAAUUGGCCACCGCCAAAGUACAACAAAACAUCACGUUUUGGUAUAUCAUUUCUUGUGUUCCUUCUGACAAAGGUUAAGCGAUGGAGUUGUUCAAGUCAAAGGCAUGGUUUUUCGGGCAAGUGGUGGAGUUGUGGCAAGCAUCGCCUUAUACCUUGUAAAUCAUAUUCCAUAUACCAAGUAACAUGCCUAAUGGUAUAUUGGAAAAGGUGGAGGAAUAAGAUUCCAAUCAGGCAUGCAAUGCAAAAAAAAGACCAGCCUGCUGUGUGCGAGAGCACAUCAAAACCCGAAUAUACUGUUACAAACCCAUGCUUGCAUGCUGGCUGGCAGCUUACCGAGUCUAGCCUUGUUCUUGCAUCACCAAAGCAGACUAAUGUUUCAGAUACAAAAAAGGUGACAGUGAAGGCAACUUUGAAAGAUGAUAUGAUAAAGUUCCCAUUCCCAGCUUUAUCUGGCUUAAUGGAACUAAAAAAUGAAGUGGCACGAAGAUUUAGGUUAAAGAGUACAACAUUUCGUCUUAAAUACGAGGAUGAAGACAAUGACCUGAUACUCCUUGCUUGCGACGCCGACUUACACACUCUUACAGGGUUUCCGAGUAGCAAAAGUACUAUCAAACUAAUCAUCUUGGCCGAUGAUUAAUAUAAAAAUAUUUGCUACUUCCAGAACGGUGGUGUAGUGAUGCAAGCUUGAAGUAGAAAGUUAUCAGAGAUCUGAAAACAAAACCAUUCUUAAACGUCCACAUUGUAGUACGCAAUAUCAUGUCAUCCAGUACCAAAGAUACAAUGUACCCUGAUGCCUUAUUAAACGUUUGUCAAUAUUCUGAAAACCAUAUUCCUUUUCAGGUUUUGCAGAACCUGAACUUUGCAACAUUCCAAUCCCACGAAUUCAGUACUACAUUAGUUGUGUAUUUGAAUUACAAAUAUUUAUUGACCAACAGCAUUUUAUUCA